UUCCAACACCGAGCGUCUGCGAUGUGAACUGUGUUUUCGUCGAACCCUCGAAUUGGCCUGCGGGGGUUUGUUUGUUUGUUUGUUUGUUUGUUAAUAUAAUCGAUCAAGCAUUGGCAUCUUACCUUCGCUCUUGAAUCCGCUGCUAACUUAGUAUCUGAAGGCGUGAGUUGUUAUAUUGCUACAAAGACUGCAGUCUCGAAGAACAAUCCUGCAGGGUUUUCUGAGGGUUUGUGCAGGGUUGGUGUUUAGGGUUUAGGCGGAGAGAUAGGGAUAAGGCGAGGAUUACCGCUGAUAGCAAUGAAAGAGUCGGAUGUAUUGCGGUGUCAGAUCCAAGAAUGGUAUCCCAGGUUUCGAACGCAUUCAAUUAGGACGCAAGUGGUGCAACUACCAGAGGAAUUUGUGAGUUUUCUUCUGGAAGAUGGAAUAUUUCUGCCUGCGGAUAGCGAUGCAAUGCCCUCGAGGACGCGUGUGGACAUGCCGCAGCUUCAAGCAGAGGAUUAUUCUCACUGGGAGGAAGAGGACGAUGAGUCUGGCGUGCCGGCGGUGCCGACAUUCCCAGAGUUAGCAGCAGAGGUACAGACGGCGAUUGAGAGUUUGGGUGGGACGGUUGUCCCCAAGCUAAAUUGGAGUGCGCCAAAGGACACAGCCUGGAUUGCGACCACGGGGAGCAUGAGAUGCCAGAAUUUUGGCGAGGUUUCGCUGCUGCUGAAGGCGUCCGACAAUGUCGUCCAUGAUCUUUGUCACGCGUUCGAUUCUUGCGACGACAAGAGCAUGGAAAGGCCUUUCCAGGUGGUCCUGGCGUUGCGCAAGUGGUAUGAUCUGAGGCCGGAGCUGGAAUUCCGUGGGUUUGUGCGCGGGAACCUUCUUGUCGGGGUUUGCCAAAGAGAGGUGACAGGGUUUUACGAAACUUUGCUUGGGAGAGAAGAAGAGCUUUCUGACCUAAUUUUGGACUUCUUCUUGGACAAUCUGAAGGAAGAGUUUGGCGGUGGUGACUACACCUUUGAUGUCUACGUCACGAAGGAUAAGAAGGUGAAAUUGAUAGACUUCAACACGUGGAGAGGCUCAACCUUACCGCUCUUGUUCACCUGGGACGAACUGGAGGAGCGAUUUUCUGAGGCUGGAACUUUGGGCACUGCAUUGAAUCCCGACUUCGAUUUCCGGAUCGUUACUAGCGAAGGGCUUGUGCAAUUAGGGUUACGAGUCGGCACGGGUGUCCCUAUAGAUUUUGUGAAUCAAGGUGCAUGGGAAGAUAUUAUCAAGAGGGAGGCAGAACGAGAGGCUCGCGAGAUGGGUGGGGGAAGAGCUGGAGCUUGAACUUGCAAUUGUACAAAUGUAGUGAUUAGGAGUCGGAGCAAUUAUACACCGAUUGUUAGUCCGACACACAACGAUUCCUUACUUCGAUUCCCACCUCCACCGUUUUCUUACAUUGUUUCCAAUUUUGACAAAAUGUGAAAAGUGUGUGCUCAAUCUGGAUAUCGCAUUUUAGCUUUGA